CGCCAUUUUGGCCGGAGGCCGUAGGAACACGUUGUUUAGCUGAGAAGUGACAGCCGAAGCUGACUUGGCCUCUGCGCUCCCCUCGGCCAGGGAUCGUUCUCUCCAGAAGAGCUGGAUAUUCCUUCCUAGAAUUAUGGCAGAUAAAUUAACAAGAAUUUCUAUUGUCAACCACGACAAAUGUAAACCUAAGAAGUGUCGACAAGAGUGUAAAAAGAGUUGCCCUGUGGUUCGAAUGGGAAAAUUAUGCAUUGAGGUUACACCCCAGAGCAAAAUAGCAUGGAUUUCUGAAACUCUUUGUAUUGGUUGUGGGAUUUGUAUUAAGAAAUGCCCCUUUGGCGCCUUAUCAAUUGUCAAUUUACCAAGCAACUUGGAAAAAGAAACAACACAUCGAUAUUGUGCCAAUGCCUUCAAACUUCACAGGUUGCCUAUCCCUCGUCCAGGUGAAGUUUUGGGAUUAGUUGGAACUAAUGGUAUUGGAAAGUCAACUGCUUUAAAAAUUUUAGCAGGAAAGCAAAAACCAAACCUUGGAAAGUAUGAUGAUCCACCUGAUUGGCAAGAAAUUUUGACUUACUUCCGUGGAUCUGAAUUGCAAAAUUACUUUACCAAGAUUCUAGAAGAUGACCUAAAAGCUAUUAUCAAACCUCAAUAUGUAGACCAGAUUCCCAAGGCUGCAAAGGGGACAGUGGGGUCUAUUUUGGACCGAAAGGAUGAAACAAAGACACAAGCAAUUGUAUGUCAGCAGCUUGAUCUAACCCAUCUAAAAGAACGAAAUGUGGAAGAUCUUUCAGGAGGAGAGUUGCAGAGAUUUGCUUGUGCUGUCGUUUGCAUACAGAAAGCUGAUAUUUUCAUGUUUGAUGAACCUUCUAGUUACCUAGAUGUCAAGCAGCGUUUAAAGGCCGCGAUUACCAUCCGAUCUCUCAUAAAUCCAGAUAGAUAUAUCAUUGUGGUGGAGCAUGAUCUAAGUGUAUUAGAUUAUCUCUCAGACUUCAUCUGCUGUUUAUAUGGCGUACCAAGUGCUUACGGUGUUGUCACUAUGCCUUUUAGUGUAAGAGAAGGCAUAAACAUUUUUUUGGAUGGCUACGUUCCAACAGAAAAUUUGAGAUUCAGAGAUGCGUCACUUGUUUUUAAAGUAGCUGAGACAGCUAAUGAAGAAGAAGUUAAAAAAAUGUGUAUGUAUAAAUAUCCCGGAAUGAGGAAAAAGAUGGGCGAGUUUGAACUGGCCAUUGUAGCUGGAGAGUUUACAGAUUCCGAAAUCAUGGUGAUGUUGGGGGAAAAUGGUACUGGUAAAACGACAUUUAUCAGAAUGCUUGCUGGAAGACUGAAACCUGAUGAAGGAGGUACUGUUGUAAUCUUGAUUCCUUCUACUCUGUUCCGCUUAGUAAACUUUAAAGGUUUGGGCAGUUUUCAGUGUCUUAUUUAUUUGCAUUAUUUUGCAGGAGAAGUACCAGUUCUAAAUGUCAGUUAUAAGCCACAGAAAAUCAGUCCCAAAUCCACUGGAAGUGUUCGACAGCUACUACAUGAAAAGAUACGAGAUGCUUACACUCAUCCACAAUUUGUGACUGAUGUAAUGAAGCCUCUGCAGAUUGAAAACAUCAUUGAUCAAGAGGUGCAGACAUUAUCUGGUGGUGAACUGCAGCGAGUAGCUUUAGCUCUUUGUUUGGGCAAACCUGCUGAUGUCUAUUUAAUUGAUGAACCAUCUGCAUAUUUGGAUUCUGAGCAAAGAUUGAUGGCAGCUCGAGUUGUCAAACGUUUCAUACUCCAUGCUAAGAAGACAGCCUUUGUUGUGGAACAUGACUUCAUCAUGGCCACCUAUCUAGCAGAUCGGGUCAUCGUUUUUGAUGGUGUUCCAUCUAAGAACACAGUUGCAAACAGCCCUCAAACCCUUUUGGCUGGCAUGAACAAGUUUUUAUCUCAGCUUGAAAUUACAUUCAGAAGAGACCCAAACAACUACAGGCCACGAAUAAACAAACUCAAUUCCAUUAAGGAUGUAGAACAAAAGAAGAGUGGAAACUACUUUUUCUUGGAUGAUUAGACUGAAUCUGAAAAUAUUGAUAAGCCAUUUAUUAAAAGAAACACAUUUACUGGGAUUUUUGUCAUGCCCCACAUACUCUAGAGCCUGAAGUAUAAUUUACUUAAUGUAACAUAAGCCAGUUGUGUUGUAAAUUGUAGUCUGAACACAAAAAAAUGCCACUUUUCUGUUCUUGUUGAGGUCCUUUUUGUGCGUAACAUUCUGAAAUGAUCACAUCUCAAGCUAUACUAAUUACCUCCAAAUUUUCAUGAUGUGUGGGAAGAUUUUCAAUACAUGUAUUAUAUUCAUAUACCAAAUGCUGACCAGUUUUGCCCCCUUUUAAAAGUCUUGAAAAAGGUUUCUGUACUUACAUGGUUUGCCAAGUAUACCAAUAUAAUGAACUGCCCUCAUUUUAAAAGCCAGCUGAAGACUCCACUGAUGAAUUUUGGUAAAUAAACAUUAGGAUUAUAUUUGUUAUUUGUUUUCAGUCUUUGCACUAUAUUAUCAGUGUGUUUAGACUUUCAAAGGAAGAUAUCUACAAAACACCACUGUCAGAAAAUGGCUGUUACUAACAACCAUUGUUUAUAAUUUUUGGUGGUUUUGAAUAUUUUUAUAAAAAGUCAUUUCAAUACUCCCAAUCCCCACCAAGGAAACACCCUAACUUUACUUUGAUGUACUCUGUUUUAGCAUUCCAUAAGAUUCUAUAUUCUAUAAUUACUCUCAAGGCAAUGGUUUCUUUAAACAUACGUUUAUAUAAUCACUGAUCAUGAUUUAGGAAAAAGUAUUGUAAAGAAUACUUGCUUCCCUUGAAAGUAUAGGCUCAAAAUCUUUAGAGUUGGAGCCUAAGCAUUUAUGUAUUUUCAAAUUUCCAGAUUUCUGAUGGGCAGCCAAGGACUGUUUUACCUAAAGGCAGCAUUAAUGCAAACAAGUCCCCAGAUAGCAAUACAAAGUAUCCCUUGGUACCAGAUACACUCAUUUCUAAGUUUGGACACAGAGAACAUUAAAUCUUCACUUUUUUUUUUUAAGUUUUGGAUAGUGUAAAGCAAGAGUUCUAAAUCCAAGUCCAAGUUCUUCAGUUCGAGCACUGGGAUCCUGCAGUGUGAAACCACUUUCAGUUAUACUUAUAAUGCAGUGAACUGGAACAUGCUACAAAGAGUUUACUAAAUAAAUUAAUGGGGCAAGCAAAAUAGAGGUGAAAUUAGAAAUUAUUGAACAGACUUUUAGAGCUGCUUUGAUUGAUACGCAAAUUGGACA